AACCCUGCCAAAAUAUUAGUCCUUUUCAAAUUCUGAUGUUUUAAAUCCGUUAGUCCCAGAGAAAGUAAAUUUAAUUUGUUGAAAAUAGGAGAAAAAAGCCAUUUCAUGUCUGGGCGAAGGUGUGUCAUCUGUGGCGAGGAGCCGCCGGCGAAGGAUGCGCAGGGCAACGAUGCGUAUGCGUAUCCCAAGACGGAGGAGGAGGCCAGGAUCUGGCAGUCCAGCAUGGCGGCCAAGAACUGCUGCCUGGAGAGCAUCCAGAACCAGUGCUGCGUCUGCGUGGAGCACAUUCCCGACUUUGUGAAGCGGGCCAAGAAAAUCGGGAAGCAGCUGCGAAAUCUGGAGCGCGAAAAGGAGAAGCUCCGCCAGGAAAAGGAGAAUAGUGAAGCAUGCAAGUGUCCGGAUGAUGGUCAACCGGGUCCGGAACGUCCAUCGGUUAAUGUUCUCCUCCUGAACGGUGCUUCGUUGCCCACGUAUUGCGGCAAGGGGCAGUCCUGCGUGGACUUGAAGCCACAUCCCGCGGAAGAAGGCGAUUCCCAAUUGAAGAUAACCAAGAAGCUAGAGCCCAAGGAAUCGGACACGGAGAUCUUUGUGCAGGAAUCGGAGUUUAAGGACACCGGCCGGAACUUUCCCGACAUCGAUGGCACCGAGGUCACCGUUCUACGCACUCCCACGCAAGAGGAUGAGCAGCUGGAAGAGGACAUGCAGGCGCUGCAGGAUGCGGAACAGGAGCAGGAUCCGAGCGUCAGGCAGCGGCGCCACAACUGCCUCCCAGGCUGCACGGAUGUCCUGCUCCUGGGCCGCGGUCACCAUCCCUCGGACGAGUGUCCCUGCCAGUGUGAGCAGUGCUCAAAGCCUUCCGGCCUGCCACAGGACGGACCCUGCUGUCAGCCGGAAUGCUGCGCGAAAUCCCACACGGAGUACUUCACCCAACCGCCGUGCGGCUGCGAGUGUGAGCAGCAGGUGCGGCGUGAGCUCACAAAGGUCAUUAAGACGCAGGGUCAACGGAUUCGGGAGCUGGAGGAGAUGCUCUGCCGGCAGAACAAUCUGCGCAACUGUCUGCAGCGAAAGCUGGACGAGCUGUACUGCGAGUUCGGCCGCUUGGACGAGGAUGAGGGUGAACGGUCGCGAUUAUCUUGCCCGGGGAGCCAGCGUGGUGGCCCCGAAUGUGCAGGUGUACUGCAUCCCAUUCCACCACCACCUCCCCCAGAGCCGAGGGCGCAGCUUUCGCCAAAACGUAGACGCACUCAUCGUCGGGCAGUGAUGGAUAAGGCUAAUCGCAAGAUGGGCUCGAUUGAAAGUGAAGUUGAGAGGACAAUGUGGGGCGAGGAUGUGGAACGGAUCCACUGGUUCGCGGAGAAGGCUUCCCGCUCCGAGGAAUUCACCCAUCGACCAGUGUGGAUCAAUCUGCCGGAGGAGGAGGAGUUUGAUUCGGCAAGCAGGAUGGCGAUUCGAUUCGGCAAGAACAGCACCUACACGGUUACCGAGAAGAAGUCAAACCAUUCCAACGUAUCCACUCCGCAAUCCAACUCCAACUCCAGCUACUCAUUGACCACCACCAGUGGCCGCACUUGAUGCACCAUCCUCUGUAUCCACCCGAAUCCCAUGCCCCAUGUAACCCUUUGCCCCUUCGGAUCUUCCCGUCCUGUGCAAUCAUGCAAAUACAAAUAUAUACUCUUUU